CGUGGGUGUGUCCCUUAAAUCAGGAAAGAUGGCUGCGGGACGAAAUUAGAGGUUGAGAAAUCUCAGAUUCGCGUUUCGAGGAUAGACAGGUUACGGCGGUGGACGAAGCGGAAAACUACACUCGCCUGUGUGUGUGUGUGGAGGAGUCAAUGCCUCGGUAUGGAGUAUAGUACCUAUUGCAGACUGGAUGACUGGGAGUGCCAACAAGCCUCACAUGCUCACACAUUGAUCACUGGCGUACAGUGACUGUUGCUGGAUUCCCUCCUUUCUAUGUUCUUCCCUUAUUAAAUUAUUUUGUCAGGACUCUUCAUCUCUUGUUAUUGGGUGUUUUUUGUGACUACCCCCACCCCCUUUUCCCUCUUUUCUCCUCCCUCUCUUCCCCCUUUAUUCUUUCCCUCGUUCCUGUUGACCUCUUGAUUGAACUGAUCUGCCUGUGAGCUAAGAUGAGUUGGCUUAGUCGUUUAAAUCCAAGGGGUCAGGGCACUCGGACCAGUAGGCAUGCAGCCCCGUCCAGCCCAUGCACUGCCGACCCUGAGACUUGUCUUAUGGUGUUUGAGAACCACUGGAGACAGGUGUCAGGGGUGUUGAAACAGAGGGAGACUUCAGUGGGUGGAAGUGCUGAUGAUCUCACAGCAGUUCGCAAUCACACGGAUCAAAUGCUGUGCCUGCUAGCUGAAGAGAGAUCUGCUGGGGGAGACUGUGAAUCACCAGCAAUAGGUCCCAUUCUGGAGAUGGUGGUGGCAGAAAACAUAUUGGAAGCUCUGGUGCAGUGGCAUGUGUGCCGUGGCCUGGAUCCAGACAGCCAGCUGGAGCUGUUGAAGCUGUUUGAGAUGCUGAUUGGACAGUCCCAUCAGCCUCUGCUUCUGCACAGUGCAGUGUUACAACCACUGCUAAGCCUACUGGGAGCUUGUGUGGACCCCCAGCUGGGCUGCCCUCCUGCCCUGGAGUCCAGCCUCGUAUUGCUGCUAAAUCAGGUUUGUGUGUCCAUGGCAAAGCAGACUGCAGUUUUGGAGUCGUUAUUUAGGUGUGGGUCAGUACAGCAGGGUCCCACUAACCUACUGAUCUUCUCCCUGUUGGUACCAUUUAUUCAUCGAGAUGGAGCUCUGGGGCAGCAGGCCCGUGACGCACUUCUCCUCGUCAUGGCAACAUCUGCCAACAACCACGCUGUCGCACGCCACAUUGCAGAGAACUCCUACUUCUGCCCAGUGUUGGCGACAGGGCUGAGUGGGCUGUAUUCAUCCCUGCCAAGGAAGAUUGAGGUACGGGGCGACGACUGGCAUGCUCUGCGUAGGGAGGACUGGAUUGGUGUGUUUUCACUAGUGGUGUUCAUGAACAGUCUUGAAUUUUGCAAUGCUGUAGUACAGGUAGCACACCCUCUUGUGCGCUGCCAACUCCUUGACUACCUCCACAACGGCUUCCUGGUGCCAGUCAUGGGCCCUGCUCUGCACAAGUCGUCGGUGGAUGAGAUGAUAGCAAGCACAGCAUAUCUGGACUUGUUUCUACGCUGUAUCACAGAAACUUCCCUUCUGAAGACCUUCUUGCGCUUCAUUCUGUUGCAUCGCUAUGACAACGACACAAUCCUUGACACACUACUCACGCGCAUCAGCAGCAAUUCACGGCUAUGCAUGGUCUCACUCAGUCUGUUCAAAACAUUGCUCAGCCUCAACUGUGAAGACCUCAUGCUCCAGCUUGUACUCAGGUAUCUGUUGCCAUGUACACAUGUAAUGCUGAGUCAGCGGAGAGCAGUUAGAGAAACGGACCUCUAUGGCAAAUCAGCUGACAAGUUCCUUUCCCUCAUACCAGAAUGCUGCCGAAUCACUACAACGCCCUCUAGUGAGCGGGAUGAUGAAUCUGCCUUUUGGGGCAAGGUGUUGGGUAGUCCCACUACAGAGUCACCAGUUCACUCCAGACCCAGCACUCCAUCCCGCUUAGCUCUCUUUAUUCGACAGCAAAGCUCAGGAGGCCCAGCCAACACCACCUCAUCUUGCUCAGAUAACACCCCAUCUUCUCCACGCAGUAGUAUUUCUUCCCCUAUGUCUCCUGACAGUCCCAUGCACCAAUUUCCAGACAUUUCAGAAGGGGAGACUGGCUACUUAGGAUAUCUGCAUGAUGCUCGGAGAGGCAUUGAGCUCUGCUCCUGGGCCUGUCGAGACUGGUCAGCUCCUUAUGAUGGAGAAAAUCCCUCGCCGAACUCUGCUCUGCCACCACCUCCCCCUCCUACAUCCAACCCCACCCUCAAUAUGAUACAAGAGCAUUUUUCCCUAACAGAUGCCACCCAGAAGAGGACAGCAGUGGUGGCUGCAGCACGUGCUGAAUGGAGUAGCUCAGAACGAGAUAGUGGCGAGUGGGAUGUUACCAUCAGUAAAAACUGCAUCAGCCUCACACCUCGCAGCAAGAAACGCAGCCUUCUCCCCAGCACUAUACCCCUACAGUCUUCAGCUUCUUUAUCAGCCUCUACAGAGAAAACUGUGGAAACUGGAUCCCAGCACUUUCUUUCUGCACCUCAUCCAGCACUCUAUAAUGGGACAGGGCGGGUUGAGUUUGCUGACACUUUGGAUGAGAGAAUGGAGGUUAAGAAGGUGAAGAGAGACUCUGAUGUAAAUAGUGGAGUGGUAGAAUCAGGGUUGAAUAGAUCGGUGGUUAUGGGCCUGAUUGACCCCAGUCUUCCAUACAGUAAUUUCCAUGUAGGAUCGGCACUGAAAUCCUCUCAGGUGCAAUUGAACCCAGACUUGCAAUCGCAAAAAAACCUGCCUUUUUCUUCUCAAGAGUGUUUACAAAUUGAUGGCCAGAGAUCAUCUCCUGUUCCUGGCUUGACAGAGACCUCCUCAGUGGCCAGUGACAGCAGGGGCCAGGAGUCUGUUGAGAGUCUAAUUGAGGAGUUGCUGGAGCGGGCACCUUCAGAGCCAUUGUCUGGUGAUUCAAAAUGUCAGGGCAUCAGCAUUGAGGCUUUCCAUCAGGAGCUGAGGGAGCUAGAGGAACACGUUAGAGAGAGAAGGGUUCUUUCACACAGCUCGGAAGAGUCCAGUCGGGACUUCCGCACUGCUGCUCCCAGCCUGACAGAUGACAACUGUCUUCCAGUGGAGAUCGAGCAGCAGUCCAGUGAGCCCAAGCCUGACAGAUUUACCACUGGUGUAUUUAGCCCCUGUCGACCACUUGGACAACCCCUUGCUCAACCGUACACAGGUCCAUUUAUAACUGUCCUGUUCAAUAAACUGGAGAAUAUGAUGCAGAACUCCCUGUAUGUGAACAUUUUACUGACGGGCGUUGUGUUCCAGCUGGCCUGUUACCCUCAGCCUCUCCUGCGGUCUUUCCUCCUAAACACCAACAUGGUUUUUCAGCCCAGCAUUAAGUCACUUAUACAGGUGCUGGGAUCAGUAAAAAAUCGCAUUGAGGUGUUUGCAGCAUCACAUGAGGAUUUCCCUUCCAUGUUGAGAAAAGCUCGCCGCUUUCUGGUUGCAAGAGGAAAGAUAGACUGGACAGACUCACCCAUGGGAGUGCCCAACCUCCGUCGAUCAGACUCAUUAAUUAAAAGCCGUAAGACAUCUCUGGGUGAUCUUAUCCUGAGGCACACCAACAGUCCUACAAGAGCUCGCCAUGCAGCUCAGUUGGCCCUGGCCCAUGUGAGGGAUGGAGGGCAAUCUCUGCACAGUGCUUUGUUCCGGGGUGGCGCGAGUGGUGGCACCUCUGGCCUAGAGAAGCAGGCAGAAGCACUAAGGGUGAAAAAUGCAGUCUACUGUGCUGUCAUUUUCUCUGAAUUUCUCAAAGAGCUGGCAGCUCUUGCACAGGAGCAUGCAGUAGCCCUGCCUUUCCCACCUAGUCAAGGCACUGAGGAAUAACAAAUACAAGACCAGAUGUUUCCUCUAUACCUGCCUUAUCCACUGUUCCAGGCACUGAGCAGUAGACUAAAUAACUGAUCUUUAAAUCAUCUUUUUUUAUUUUGUUUUUACUUCAAAGACAUGUAGGCUUACAAGGGACAUUCGUGCACUCAAAAGGGGAGAGAAGUCAUCACUUGUUAUUCUCAUGUUCAUAAUGUAAUUUUUUUUAUUGUACAGGACCAUUUAUCCAUUAACUUUAAGGAAAUUGUGCAUACAAAUAUUGUAUAUAUUCUAUAUAAAAUAUCAGUGUAUAAUAAUUUUGUACUCUCAGAGAGACUUGCAUCGUUUAAGCUGGAGGAAUGUGGCAGUUAGUUUGCACUCCCUACAUUUCUAUGUCAUUUCAGAGACUAGCUUAAGUAGACUCACUACACAACAGUUCUUUUACAUUUUAUGGGUGGGGAAGUGCCAUUUACCUUUUUAGCAAUGUUUGAAAGUUAUUUUGUCUUUUAUAGAAAAAUUGGUCUAUUAGAUCACAACAUAAUAGUUGGCAAAUUGUCAUUGUCAGACACCUACUGCUUUUAGUUUACUAAUCACAUGCAGGGCAACAAGUGAUCAGCAGAAUUUGCACCUUUAUUGAAAAAUCUAUGAAGAUCCAACAAGUGUACAGGUGAAAAACUGCAGAUUUUACAAUCUCUAGCACACAUCCUUUUCUCCAGCUAGAGUAGUUGGUGUCAUUAAAGGGGAGAAUGUUCAAAAGGAUUUCCCUUGCCUCCUCCCUAAGAAAAGCCAAAAACAUUACCAUUGAUGGACAGUUUAUGUUUAGUUGAAUUUAUUUGUUCUAGCUCAUUACAUAUCAUGUAAGUGUAUUGUCCAUGUUAGGACAAAUUAUAAUAAUGGUACGUUCAACCAGCAUGGCAUUAGAGAUCCUCUUCAGUUUCAGGAAAGAGUUUUAUUAGCCUGCCAACAAAGAUCUCCUCCAAUAUUUGAUGUUAGGGUUAUAAUCUGUUCACUCUUGGCUUCUGACUGGGUGCUAACAUUUUAAAUUUGUGACUGGUCUGCGUAAAGAAAAGUUCGGAUAAUAAUUACCUGUCCCUUAAAGGAGUAAGCAAAGUUGUGUGAAGCCAUUAUAUAAGCCAUCUUAGUAUUAGAACAUAGUGGGUUUUUUUUUUUUUUUUUUUUUUUUUUUAAUUUGCUUGUGGUAUUGAGUGAGUGGGAUUGGCCAUUAUUUGUGCAUCGUGAACAACAGCCACAGUUUCACUUUUAUGUUGAUUUUAAGUUGUGUAUUGCCAUAAAACUCAACACUACGUUCAGAAUGGAAGGACAUGUUUUUUUGUUUUGUUUUUUUUGCUUUCAUAUUACAGAAUUGUUUUCCCUGAUUUUUGAAAGUGGAAACGUAAGAAAUAUUUGAAGAAUAUUGAUUGGAAUGCUAUUGUGAAAUCAUCCAUCCAGGAUCUCUUAUUACAUGCAAGUCAAAUGCUUAUUACUUCACUAAAUUUUUGUUAGUUUCAAGCAGUGUUUUUUGCUGCUUCAGUUGUUUUAAGUUCAAUGAUUCUGUUGAAUUAAAUAUUUCAAUGGGCAAAAAAAAAAAAAAAAA